GCAGCUCGAUGCCCAGAUGUGGUCGUGGCACAAAUAGACCCCAAAAAAUUGAGAAAGAAGCAGACAGUAAACAUUUCAAUUUCCGGAUGUCAGCCUGCUCCUGAAGGAUACUCCCCAACACUCAGGUGGCAGCAGCAGCAAGUGGCCAAUUUCUCAGUCGUUCGUCAGAGCUUGAACAAGCACAGAAAUCACUGGCAGUCACAACAUUUGGACAGCAAUGUCACUAUGCCAAAAUCAGAGGAUGAAGAAGGCUGGAAGAAGUUCUGCCUGGGUGAAAGAGUAUACUCAGAAAUAGAUGCACCAUCUGAUAAUGAAAAUCUAGGAAUUGAUUACAUAAAGGUGGGCUUUCCACCUUUGCUAAGUAUUGUGAGCAGGAUGAACCAGGCAACAGUAACCAGUGUCUUAGAAUACCUGAUAAGCUGGUUUGGAGAGAAAACAUUUACUCCAGAACUGGGUAGAUGGCUCUAUGCACUGUUGGCAUGCCUUGAGAAACCUUUGCUACCUGAAGCUCACUCCCUUAUUCGACAGCUGGCAAGACGAUGCUCAGAAGUCAGAGUACUAGAGGAGAACAGGAAUGAAGAACAGAUAUCGGCUCUGAACUUGCUAAUCUGCUUAGUUAGCAGGUACUUUGAUCAACGUGACUUGGCUGAUGAGCCUUCCUAGACUGUUCUGAGAAUAUCAAGGACUUUGUGUUGCCAUAUUACAAACAGCAUUAUCGGAGUUAACAGCAAGACACAACACUGUUCAGACCUGAAGUACUUACAGCCCUUUCAGAAUACCCUCAAGAUAAUGCAUUGGGGACAGCUAUGGAUAAUGUAAGCUGAGCUUUAGGAUUAUUGUCAAUGUCUCCUGUAUCAUCAUCAUCAAAUGACUGAUGAAGUUCUGGCAUCUCUCAAGCUACUGUCUCUACAUUCUUGGUUAGAAAUUUCUACCAUCUGAGUAAUCCUACGGACACUGCUAUCAGGUGAAGAAAAGGUUACGUUACAAAUUACUGUUCUUUAUCUAACACACACCUAUUGAGGGUUUUUUAAUAAAACAAGUCUUUUAAAGAGUGUUCUUAAACACUGUGGCUUUUCUCAUUCUUCACAGUAUUUAACAGCAGUCUCACUAUAGAAAUCUACACAGCUAGGACUGAAGAGGUUUUUUUCAAGCUUUGGUUCCUGAGCUUAAGCAUUGAUAAACAAUUCAACUACAGCCAGAAAGUUACUGAAACAAUUUUAGUAA